CCCCCAACAGGAAUUGUGCCCUUUAACCCAAUUGAAAUUCCCUUACUUAACACUGCAGUACUCCUAGCCUCUGGGGUUUCUGUAACAUGGGCCCAUCACAGCAUCAUGCAAACUAAUCGAAAAGGGGCUUAUCAAGGCCUUGCUGUAACAAUUGCCCUCGGACUCUACUUCACAGCCUUACAAGCUAUCGAAUACUAUGAGGCCCCCUUUACCAUCGCCGACGGUAUUUACGGUACAACUUUCUUUGUUGCCACCGGAUUCCAUGGCCUGCAUGUUAUUAUUGGCUCAAUAUUUUUGCUUACAUGUUUUUCACGACAACUAUUCUUCCAUUUCACCACAAAACAUCACUUUGGCUUUGAAGCUGCCGCAUGGUAUUGA